CUUUCCCAAAUUGGUUAGGAAAUUUGGAUCAACUACAAGUUCUUAUCUUGAGAUCUAACAUAUUUUAUGGCCAAGUGGAUACUAGGAGUUACUUUUUCCUUCACUCGUUUGCGUGUCAUUGAUCUUUCUCGAAAUAACUUCACUGGCUAUUUACCUAUGAAGUUUUUUGAAAAUUUACAUGCCAUUAGGAAAGGGAAUGAAAACAAAGAUAAACCAGUAUACAUGACAUAUGCAUCAGUUUAUGGACUGGUGUAUUAUGCGCAAGAUAUAUCUUUUGCUGCAAAGGGGUUCGAAGCACAGUUUGAGUACCUAUUAACCAUCUGGAUGGCAGUAGACUUCUCCAGCAACCAAUUCAUGGGAGAAAUUCCUAAAACAUUUGGAGAGCUGCAUUCACUAAUUGUCCUAAACCUCUCUCAUAACUGUUUAACAGGUCCUAUCCCAUCAUCAUUUGGUGAUUUGUCAGAACUUGAAUCAUUAGAUCUCUCAUCAAACAAGCUCACUGGAAGAAUUCCAAUAGAGCUAAACAAUCUUGGGUUCUUAGCAGUGUUGAACCUUUCUUGGAAUAAUCUCGUGGGAGUCAUUCCUCAAGGCAAACAAUUUGAACCUUUCUUGGAAUAA